UAAACAGCACAAUAUGCUAUAGAUCUGAAUUUAAGCAUUAACCGUGUACGCUUAACACGAGUAUUAGUUCGUAUACAAAUCCGCGAAGUUCCAUUUGUGACGUUAAAUUGCCUUGGUGUACAUAAUAUAUAUAAGUACGUCGCAGUAUUUUUGGAUCAUUGGACUACCUUGAAUCGUCGUUAUUAUUCGUUAUUAUGCUGUUGAAAGCGUACAAAUUCGUAUGAUUGUUCACUCAUUGUCUGCUAUUCUGUUCAUUCGUGCAUCUAUAGUUUAAUGCGUACAAAAAAAAAUAACCAGUGCUCCACAGUGCAUACACAGUUUUUGUUACAACCUCCUAAAAAUUUCACUUUCUUAACUCAAUCCCUUUCAUAAUAAAAUAAAAUUAUUUUUUUCAACAAAAUUCGUGCGGCCGAUCGAUCAACGUCUGUUGUUUUUUUCAAAAAUCUUCUCCACUGCAUAUACACACAGUACGCACAUGUGGCCCAUAGUAGCCUCCAUGUGUUUGGCCGCCGCCACCGUGGCCGUGGUGGCCGCGGUCGCGGUGGACACGUCCGGCCUAGACCUGGUGCUCAUCCACACCAACGACAUGCACAGCCGGUUCGACGAGACGGACCUGUACUGCAACGAGUGCCGCGAGGACGACGCGUCGCUGGGCCAAUGCUACGGCGGGUUCGCGCGGGUCGCCCAGUUCGUGCACGACCAACGGCAGUUGGCCAACGAGAGCGGCUUGCCGUCCCUGUUCCUGGUGGCCGGCGACACGUUCCAAGGCACUCCGUACUUUUCGUUCUUCGAUUCGUCUCCCGUCAUCGAUUUCAUCAACCAACUGCAACCCGACGUCAUGACUUUGGGAAAUCACGAGUUCGAUCGCGGUGUCAACACUCUUCUGUCAUACUUAAACGGAAUUCAAGGCAUACCUACAGUAGUAUCUAACUUGAACAUGACGGCAGAACCAGAAUUAAAUAAACUAGUAAUGCCAUCAUUAACACUAACCAUAAACAACACAAAAGUGGGAAUCGUCGGAU